CUAACGUAACUUUCAGAGCAACGGCAACCCUCCGAUCCGGCAAGCAGGUUGGCGGCAGCGAUGGCGGUGGCGGCAGCAGCGGUGGUGAGGUGGACGGCAGGGACGGAGGGGCGGUACAGGCUGCGGACAUCAAGGAGAAAAAGACCGUGCGGAGAAGCAAGGUGGCAUUCAGCAGUGUGAUCCUGGACCUGGUCGGCUUGACGGUGGUGGUGCCUCUGUCUCCUGCUCUCUUUGACUGUUACUCCAAGCACGACUCCAGCGGCUUGUAUUCCUCUGUGCUCUCCUGUGUGACUUGUUACCAGCAUAUCAUCGGCGUCCCUGCGAGGUUCCACUCUGUCUUGUUUGGUGGUAUGUGGUGCCUUGAGGUGCCAAUCAUUUCUGAAGUUUAUGAAAGCAGAAACGGCUCUCCAGAAUAUGAUUUUUACCCUAGAUCUUCCCUUCAGCGUUCAGCUUAUUCCUGCAGUGACAGGUGCAGCUUUUUAAACCCUGGGAGAAGCUACUGCAUUGAUCCCAGAGGCAGCCCACGCCCUCACAUUCACGUCCUGCACGCCCACGCCCACGCUGACCACCAAGGGGACGCGGAGCACGAGCUGAGUGACUUUGAAAAGGAGAAUUUGUUGUUCGCUUUCCCUCAGCCCUCCGUCAGCUGCUUCAGGAGUUCUGUGCAUCUCCCAGGCAGGAAUCCAGACUGCUGUACUCGUACACUGAAUAGAUUGCUGAGAUACCAAGACUGGCACAGACUCCCUGGUUAUCUCUGGCAUGCCCUCAUCCAGUUGAUGUGCGAACACCACUGCAGGGAACUCUGUCGGUGUGUCUGUUCCUUUCUUUAUCAUUUCCAGUGUUCCUGCUCUUGUCAAUGCUGUUCCUGACACUGACAGUUCCUGCACUGACACUGUUUAGUUGGGUUAGGUUUGGUUACAUACAUUCCAUUCAUUACCAUCAUCAUUAUUCUCUCAUUUCUCAUUCAUUUAUCAUAAUUUUUCCAUCCACUUGUCACCAUCCUUCCAUUUCUCAUUAAUUUAUCACUUGUUAUCACCAUCCUUUCAUCUCUCAUUUACUAAUAAUUUUUAUUCCCAUGGCCUUGUUGACUGGAUGCUCUCUCUCUCUCUCUCUCUCUCUCUCUCUCUCUCUCUCUCUCUCUCUCUCUCUCUCUCUCUCUCUCUCUCUCUCUCUCUCUCUCUCUCUCUCUCUCUCUCUCUCUCUCUCUCUCUCUCUCUCUCUCUCUCUCUCUCUCUCUCUCUCUCUCUCUCUCUCUCUCUCAUGGCAUCAAGUAAGCAUUACAUUACAUGUUGCCGAGUUCUUUGGGCAUUGUGAAUGAAGUGGCCUACAGUGGUUUUUUAUUUAUUUAUUUAUUUUCUCUCUCUCUCUCUCUCUCUCUCUCUCUCUCUCUCUCUCUCUCUCUCUCUCUCUCUCUCUCUCUCUCUCUCUCUCUCUCUCUCUCUCUCUCUCUCUCUCUCUCUCUCUCUCUCUCUCUCUCUUCAAAACAAACAGGAGGUGAAUGAGUGUGAGAGAUUUUCAGGAAAAGUUAAUUUAAGUCCCUGUUUUGAUACAAAGAACAAAAAUCCCUUGUACCCAUGAUGAACUGUGCAUUAUCAUAACACCUAUCAUGUUCUAAAUCAAUUUCCCUCCCAUCUCUAAUAAUCUCUUGAUGACAAAUUAUCAGCAUUCUCAAUCUUCUCCAGAGGCUUUUGUAGUGUCAACCGCAGUAUACUUCUGCAAAAACUGCAUCAUUAUGGCACAUUCCUGGUUCAAAGGCUGUUUGACUGAUACAACCCAGUGCACAGUCCAUCAUGGAUACCUUUUAACAAAACCUACUUUUAUUUCAUGUUUUCAAGUAGCAUAAUUAUGUACUGCUUAAUAAAUGAACACCUGAA